UCCAUGAAGCCCUAAUUCAAGAGCAAGUAGACAUAGGAAAGGGACAGAUUCAGUGUCUCAUGUGUGGAAAAGGCUUCAACAUUCAAUCCAGAUUUAAUAACCACUGGACGGUUCACACCGGGGGAAAACCAUUCAAAUGCUCAGAGUGUGGGAAGAGCUUCCGUCAGAAGAACAAACUGACUACGCAUCAGCGAAUCCACACAGGAGAGAAACCGUACCUGUGCAUGCAGUGUGGGAGGGGCUUCAGUUGCAACACACACCUUACACUACAUAAAAGGAUUCACACAGGGGAGAAACCAUAUAAAUGCCCACAGUGUGGAAAGAGCUUCAGCAUUCGUUCAAACCUUCGACGACAUCAAAGAAUCCACACCGGGGAGAAACCAUAUGAAUGCCCCGAGUGCGGCAGGGGCUUUGUGAAUAAUCCUGAUCUUACAAGACACCAAAGGAUCCACACAGGAGAGAGACCUUUUAAAUGCGCUGAGUGUGGGAAACGGUUCAAUCAGAAGGAUGAAUUGACCAUACAUCAAAGAAUCCACACAGGGGAAAAACCUUUCAUUUGCUCAGUGUGUGGAAAGCGGUUCCGUGGGAAGAGUUCACUUUCUAAACACCAGCAGAUUCACACUGGGGAGAAGCCCUUCAAAUGCUCCGAAUGUGGAAAGAGCUUCCUUAAUAACAGAGGCCUUAUGAGGCAUCAGAGAAGCCACACCGGGGAGAAGCCUUUUACGUGUUUGGAGUGCAAUAAGAGCUUUUCUGAAAACUCAACCUUAAAGAAACACUUGAGAAUCCACAGUGGGGAGAAACCCUUCACGUGUUCGAAGUGUAGCAAGAGCUUUUGUGAUAACUCAGCCUUAAACAAACAUUUGAGGAUUCAUACAGGGGAGAAGGCAUAUCAGGGUUUGUGA